UUACGUAAAAUAAUUCAGGAAGUGGACAGACACAAAUACCUCGAGAAGCUGUAGGGGAAUGACGAUCAACGCAGAGGCGCGAUCCCAGAUCUGAACACAGUGAACCCUAACCAACCCCGGCGUGGGCCGUGCGGCCAUGGCCGGUGCCGUCUCAGCUCUCUUCCUUCUCGACAUCAAAGGACGCGUUCUCGUCUGGCGUGACUACCGCGGAGAUGUAUCUGCGGUCCAGGCCGAGCGGUUCUUUACCAAGCUCAUCGAAAAGGAGGUGGAUCCGGAUUCACACGAUCCGGUGGUGUACGAUAAUGGAGUGACCUACAUGUUCAUCCAGCACAACAAUGUUUUCUUGAUGACUGCGGCAAGGCAGAACUGUAAUGCUGCGAGUAUACUUCUCUUUCUGCAUCGAGUUAUAGAUGUUUUCAAGCACUAUUUUGAAGAACUGGAGGAGGAAUCACUGAGAGAUAAUUUUGUUGUGGUGUAUGAAUUACUUGAUGAAAUGAUGGACUUUGGAUACCCUCAGUAUACAGAAGCUAAGAUUCUUAGUGAGUUUAUAAAGACAGAUGCUUACAGGAUGGAAGUUACACAGAGACCUCCGAUGGCUGUAACCAAUGCAGUGUCUUGGCGUAGUGAAGGGAUAAAGUACAAGAAAAAUGAAGUUUUCCUAGAUGUUGUAGAAAGUGUGAAUAUUCUUGUCAACAGCAAUGGACAAAUCAUUCGUUCAGAUGUUGUUGGUGCAUUGAAAAUGAGAACGUAUUUGAGUGGCAUGCCGGAGUGUAAGCUUGGUUUGAAUGACAGAGUUCUUUUGGAGGCUCAAGGUCGGUCAGCAAAAGGAAAGGCCAUAGAUCUGGAUGAUAUCAAGUUCCACCAGUGUGUCCGUUUGGCACGUUUUGAUAAUGACAGAACCAUAUCUUUCAUACCACCUGAUGGUUCUUUUGAUCUGAUGACCUAUAGACUAAGCACACAGGUAAAACCUUUAAUCUGGGUGGAAGCUCAAGUUGAGAGACAUUCAAGAAGCCGUAUUGAACUAAUGGUCAAGGCAAGAAGCCAAUUUAAGGAACGAAGUACUGCAACAAAUGUUGAAAUUGAAAUACCUGUGCCUUCGGAUGCUACUAACCCAAAUGUGAGGACGUCCAUGGGUUCUGCUGCAUAUGCACCAGAAAAGGAUGCAUUGGUUUGGAAAAUAAAAUCUUUUCCUGGUGGGAAGGAGUAUAUGGUGAGGGCGGAAUUCAGUCUUCCCAGUAUAACUGCAGAAGAAUCAACACCAGAGAAGAAGGCUCCGAUACGUGUUAAGUUUGAGAUCCCAUACUUCACUGUAUCCGGAAUUCAGGUCCGGUACCUGAAAAUCAUUGAGAAGAGUGGCUACCAGGCCCUUCCAUGGGUUAGAUACAUUACAAUGGCAGGUGAAUAUGAAUUAAGGCUCAUGUAAGUAGUUUACGCCAGUAAUGAUUCUCUUAUUUGUUUUGAAACCCAAGUAUAAAUAGCCUUACUGGUCACUUCCAUGCCUUGGUGCUUGCCCACUUAUUGCCAUUUUGGGAUGUUAUGCCUUAUAAACUUGUAAGGGUAUUGCACAUAACUGUGAUCAUACUUGUUUCAUCUUCAUAGUGAUGUGUCCAAUGUCUGUACUAUUGUAGCUAAGUAGAUAGGUGGGUUUGUUUUGCUUGAUAAAUAAUACUCAUAGAAUGUAAUUCUUUGAUGUUAUUUUGAAACCGUGAGCUUACAAACUUUUGACAGGCUUGUUGUCAGCAACUUUUUUCCUUAUUUGAUUCCA